GUUCUGCAGUAGGCAGGCUUUCACUCACAUUCCUGCAUUGCAAGGCUUUCUGCUAAGGAUGUAUUGUGGCUUUUGUUUGGAUUUCAGCGUGCAGAAUCACAGCUGUUCAGAGGAGACUCAUUACAACUCCUGCUGAAGCUCCUAAUCUUCCUCCCUCUGCCCCUUCCCCACCCUCACUUGGCGUGAAGACACUGUCCCCAGUUUGCCUUACUUCCUUGCUAUGUGUAUGGUGAACCUGGUAGUAUGCCUGCGCCUGGGACUGGCCAGACAACUGCUGUUGGCUCUCCCUAUUCCAGGAAGAAUUUAAAGGGAAAUUGUACAGCAGGCAGUAUACCCACCACAGCAGCAACCCCAGGAACCUGGUGCCUAGGGCUCCCUGGCUUUGUCACUGCAAUGACAGUAGCAGCUCCUAGGAACUGUGACAGCAGCCAGGUGGCAGCAUGAAGUGAGAGCCAGUUCCUGAGCACGAGAUGAACUCCACCUGGGAUGGUAAUCAGAGCAGCCAUCCUUUCUGUCUUCUGGCACUGGGCUCCUUGGAAACUGUCAGGUUCUGUCUUUUGGAAGUGCUGAUUAUUGUCUUUCUAACUGUAUUGAUUAUUUCUGGCAACAUCAUUGUGAUUUUUGUGUUUCACUGUGCACCUCUGUUGAACCAUCAUUCUACAAGUUAUUUUAUCCAGACAAUGGCAUAUGCUGACCUCUUGGUUGGGGUAAGCUGCCUGGUCCCUUCCUUAUCACUCCUCUACUACCCUCUUCCGAUGGAGGAGGCUGUGACUUGCCAAGUAUUUGGUUUCGUAGUGUCAGUUCUGAAGAGCAUCUCUAUGGCUUCUCUGGCCUGUAUCAGCCUUGAUAGAUAUAUUGCCAUCACUAAGCCUUUAACCUAUAAUACCCUGGUUACUCCCUGGAGACUACGCCUCUGUAUUUUUCUGAUUUGGCUGUAUUCCACCCUGGUCUUCCUGCCUUCCUUCUUCCACUGGGGUAAACCAGGAUAUCAUGGAGAUGUAUUUCAGUGGUGUGCAGAGUCCUGGCACACCAACUCCUACUUCACGUUGUUCAUCGUGGUGAUGCUGUAUGCCCCAGCUGCCCUCAUUGUCUGCUUCACGUAUUUCAACAUCUUCCGCAUCUGCCAGCAGCACACAAAAGAAAUCAGCGAAAGGCAAGCCCGAUUCAGCAGCCAGAAUGGGGAAACUGGGGAUGCCCAGACCUGUCCAGAUAAGCGUUAUGCCAUGGUCCUAUUCAGAAUCACCAGUGUGUUUUAUGUCCUCUGGUUGCCGUACAUCAUCUACUUCUUGCUGGAGAGUUCUACUGGCUGCAGCAGCCGCCUUGCAUCCUUCCUGACUACCUGGCUUGCUAUUAGUAACAGUUUCUGCAACUGUAUCAUUUACAGUCUCUCCAACAGUGUUUUCCAGCGAGGACUAAAGGGCCUUUCAGGGUCUAUGUGUACCUCUUGUGCAAGUCACACCACAGCCAAGGACCCUUACACAGUUAGGAGCAAAGAACCCCCUAAUGGAUCUCAUGUCUGAGGGGACUCUGUUUUCAAGGAGAAAGGAUGGCUUUGGUUCAGUUUUUCUCUUCCAUCU